GGCCCAAAACCCGAUCCCAAUGUUCCUGAAAUCAAAAUGCUGCAAAGAUUGUAUGGAAUCGACCUCGGUGAUCUCACCCGCACUCUAUGUCCAAACGCAUACAGGUUCUUUGAGCCUCCACUCAAAGAACUUCUUGAUGAAUUCCUCACCGAGCUUUUCACAGUUGAAUUAUCAGCUCCGAAAGGCCUCAGAAUCUUAAACGAGCUGGACUCCGUUUGUAAGGACCGACAACGUUUUUACAAAACACGUGACAUGCCAAAUGGGUCUCGGUUUCCUGAAAUCCUCCGGGACCUAUGCUCAGACUUUGCAGGGUAUGAAAGUUUUGACAGCUUUUGUGAGGAUAUCACGUUAAUAGCCAGCCAAGAUGAUACUGAUCGCAGGAAGAGCUCCAAAAAGAUUGUCCUCACAGUUAGAGAGAGAGUGCUUGGUGUGCUCGGAAUCGAGGUCGACUCUACCAUGUCUACCAAACUCAAAGAAGAGCUGUAGACCCUGCAAAUAUGUGUGGUUAUACGAAAACUAAGGCGCUUCCAGAAAAAUAGUGAAUUCAUUACUUGGAACUGUAGAAUCGUAUGAUAUCCUAAAAUCUUAAUAGGUGUUCAAAAAAAUAUUACAA